CCUCUGUGUACAUCCACACGGCUUGCUGCUGCCCUGCCUUACUGGUUACAUUCGAAUAUUCUUUAAAGAAAUGUUUCCUUAGAUGUAUGACAGGUCGAGUUGUGUUUAAUGGGUUUUUAUUUCUAACAGCUGUUUGCUUUAUUUUAAAAUUUGUGACAAUUUCUGUUUACGUGCAUUUUCGAUAUUCGCAAACCUCGAGUGUUAGUCACGAUUUACAAGUACAUGGGAAUGAGUGAACUUUUGAAGUAGCUUAUACGACGAAAACCAGUCUUUGCUCGAAUUCUAAUGGAUUUAUCACUAUUUUAAAUGUUACGAACGUGUACGUGAUAGUCACUUCAAGGUAAUGAAACGGGAAAACAAUCCGAGUUGAGACAAAUAUGGAUAGGGUUUAUGUAGGCCUCUCUGAAAGAGGGUGUUCUUGUGCAAGGGAUCAUGUAUUUAUCAUCGAAUCAUCCAUGUAGGUGAGUACAAAACUCCGUGUACAGCUGUGAGUGCUGAAGUCAUCUUUAAUCAUUAAACAACGCUGCUGCAAAUAUUAUUAAUAAGCAUCGAUUUACUGCAGUAAUAAGAGUACAGUCUUUAUACCAAAGACUGAUAUAUGAAGAAUAUUUGACAUUUCCUUAUCGAAAAGGUAAACAAAAAUAGCGAAUAAAUAAAUGUGCUGUACUAGAUACUGUCAAUAAAUAGAAUGUAAAUAGAUUAUGGCUGCCGUGUUAUGUAAACUACGAAAACGUGAACUUGGCAACACAACCCGCAGGAGCGAUUUGGGCGUCUGUCCCUCUUGUAACGGUACAUUCAGCCAAUUUGUGACUUGGCUCUCUGUCAGUCAGUCAGUGCUCGUUGGUUGUAGUGCGCCGUGUCACUGGCAGGCGGUUCUCAAGUGUGGAGCAUGCCAAGUUGUUUGCGUGUUUUUCUAGGUGAACUAACCGUGCCAGGUUUAUUUUUCCUCUCUCUCCUCGAGUCGGGAUUCGUUUGGGACUCGUUACGCCGCCGUGCCAGCGACAGCUCCUUCAGGUGUGAGUUGUGUCGAGGACUGGCCAAGACAAAGCCUCUCCCUCCCCGACGUUUCUCUUGUUGCUCUUAGUCGUUCCAGCUUUUCGGUGACUUCGAGCAUGCUCUGUGAACGACAGCUGCCGCCGGUACAAAGUGCGACUCAAUCACAGCUAAGCUAAGCUCGCUAGCUGUAGGUGAUAGUCAAGCGUUGAGGCUCCCCCCCACCCCCAUGUCACGGCAGAAAUUGAGAGCCAGAAAAGCCAAAAGGAACCGGCCACUUGACCGCUGCAACAUCAUUUCUCUCCUAAGCCAUUCGUCGAUCCAGUUAGGACCAACACACUGGUCCACCAUGGGCUGGAAGUGUUGACAGCCCGUUUACCCCAAUCAUCGGGUGGAGGUUGAGGGGGGGGGAUCUGUGGCCGGGCCGGACCCACCAAUUCCACCAAUUCCACCCAUCCCACCGGCCAAGAUCUCGAGAUGGCAGUGCUGGGUGUUCGCUUCACCAAGGAGAAGCGUGUGAAGCUGGCUCAGAUCCUCUGGAUCCUCAACUGGAUCUCCGUGGUGUCAGGUCUGCUGCUCUUCAGCCUGGGCACCGUCCUGAAGGUGGAAUUGCGCCGGCGUGCGGAUUUAAUGGUGGAGGGCGGCGCGGGACUUCACGGCCUCCCCAACCUCCUGCUGGGCGUGGGCCUCCUGGCCUGCGCCAUCAAUCUGCUCGGAGGCAAGAUCUGCCACGACUUUGCGACGGCCGACUCGGCCAAGGUGUCCCGCUGGCGCCUCGUGCUGCUGCCCUACACGGUGUGCGCGCUCGUCUUCACCGCGUGCCUGCUCGCCGGGGGGCUCAUGUGCUACGGGGCCCGCGGGGCCCUGGACGACGCCCUGCGGGCCGGCCUGCGCAACGCCAUGCACUACUACCGCGACACGGACGUGCCGGGCCGCUGCUUCAUCAAGCGCAGCAUCGACCUCCUGCAGAUGGAGUUCCACUGCUGCGGGAACAGCGGCUUCCGCGACUGGUUCGAGCUGCAGUGGAUCAGCGUGCGCUACCUGGACAUGGCCUCCAAGGACGUGCGCGACCGUCUCAAGAGCAACGUGGACGGCAAGUUCCUUGUGGACGGGGUCCCCUUCAGCUGCUGCAACCCCAACUCCCCACGCGCCUGCAUCCAGCAGGGCAUCACCAACAGCUCCGCGCACUACAACUAUGACUACCUGAGCGAGGAGCUCAACCUGUGGAUGCGAGGCUGCCGCGAGGCAUUGCUCGAGCACUACACGGGCAUCUUGGCGUACGUCGGGCUCACCGUGCUGCUCGUAUGGCUCUUCGAGACGGCCAUGGAGAACGCGCUGCUGGCUGGAGAUCCGGACUGCGAGUGCGAGGGCUGGCUCCUCGAGAGCGGUCUCGCUGAGACCGCACGCUCCAACUUCAACGUCAUCAAGAGCCUGGGCAAGUCCAACCAGAUCGACUCCGUCAUGGGGAAGGAGGACCCCAACUUGGACGUUCCCGUGCCCCCCGUGCCCGCGCACUAUGGGCCCAGGGAUGGUGUGGCCGCCACUGGAAGACACAUUCCCCUCGACAGCUGAAUCACUUGUCUAUGUCCCCCGGCUUCUCCCGCCUGUAUACAUGGUGCAGCCCUGAUCUCUCCCGCUCUGCUCCUCCCAACCUCUUGGCUGACAUUAUCUUUGCAAAUUACUCGAGGAUGGAAGCAUCACAGCCAGUUAUGAGUUUACCUGGUUAAUAACAUCCUUCCAAUUAUUGCUUAGUUUGUACCAAUCUUUUCGGAUAAAAUUGUGUCUGUGUCUAUAUAUCUGGAUGGCUUCAUGAACAAAUCUUUGUUGAUAGCCAGUGGGUUUGCAUAGUACCUUCAUCUUGGAGAUAUCAAUCUCAUGUGUGCCCACAGCGUUAAAACAAUUAUCAGCCAUGGCAAAGGUAUUAGUCCUAGCCGUGUUUCAGAUCCGCCUUGUGUUCACGAACUCGGUCUGAGACAUGUCGCUUGGUUUCUCCAAUGCAACUACUGCUGUGAUGCCGAUGUUAACAGUUAGUUCCGACUUUACAUUAACAGGCUAAAUGACUCACUAACAUAGCCGCUGUUUCCCUUUUCCUCGAUGUGGCGGUGGCUCUCGUUGUUUAAUAGGCUGAUUGUGUCUCAUUAACACAGCCGCUGCUGCGGGAGCCAUCUCACAUUGACAUGCUAAUCUCUAAUCUCUAGCAAUACAAUGGCUUCUUCAGCACCGUAGUCAUGGAGUUACCUUAACAGAUUGACAUGGUAAUCUCUAGCAAUACAAUGGCCGAGGUAUAUUACUGUAAAUUCCAUCUGUAGCCCCGCCCACUUACCCUUGGGUUGUACUCAUCUCAAACCUAUAUAACCUCUUGCUGCAGUAGUUCUCUCGCUAUAUUUCUCCUGCCUCAGCAGUUUGCCUGCUGUAUUUUUUUCACCUGAAGACGAUUGCUUGUGUUGUGAUCGAAACUUAGUGAUUUAUUUAUAUUUUUCUAUCUACGUGACUUUACCGAAAGACCCAAAGAGUAUGAAUUUCUGCAGUAACGAAAGCUUUAAGUCAAGAUUUAUAUAUGAUUUAUUAUAACGCGAUUUUUCCAUAACGCGGUGUUCUUCAGGAACGCAACUACCACCGCGAUAUAGGAGAACAAGACUGUACUCUGGAUUCAGCCACGGAUGCUCAUGCCUUGGGGGCUUUGGUGAAUGCGUAGGAUAGUACUAAUUCAGCAUGCUAUUCUAUUCUGGAUUUAUAAAGCGCCUUCCACCAAGGCCCUUGACAAUGCUUACCGACUCCGGGACAAAAUGAGCAAAGCGCAGCUUGGCAUUCGAGGCGGCGACGACUACUGGAAGAUCCAUUGUCCACUUUUAUCGACACAAUGAUAAAUAUUUUUAAUGAGUCGUGUGAAAAAUGUUCAACGUGUUUGCAAGGCUUCGUUUGACAUAAAUAAGACGAAGCUAUAAAA